CGGCGCGCGCUCCAGGACGAGGCUGUGUGGGCUCCAGCGGGAGCGAGGCGGCGGCUGUGCCUCAGAGCUGAGGGGACGCGCGGGCCUCGCGCCGCAGGAGCGGACGGCUGUGGAGGAGACUCCGGCCCAGGGCGGGAGAGCUCGGCCUGUCGACUGCCCGCCUCGGAGGCGCCAGCCGCUUCCCUGGCUCGGAGUGGCCGCCGCCCCUGGAGACUCGCCGUGACACGGGCCUCAGUCGCCGCGGCCGCGGGCGUCCAGACCGCUCCGACCCGUCGGGCCCGGGCGGUGGGGACGAGCGUCCGGGCAGGUGCAGCCCCCGAGGGCCGGCGGGGGCGAGGCGACGACCCGCGCGGCUCGCGGCCGGGCUCAGCCGAGCGGCCGCCCGCGCCCCCCCACGGCGGGCCGGAGCCGAGUCCCGCCCCGCCUUCUUGGGAGCGCCCGGCCCCAGCAGCCCGAGACCCCGCGCCCGCCGCCGCCCGCCGGGCUCGCGCGGGAGAGCAGGGAGGAGAAACUUUGCCUUUUAUUGUUGUUUCUAGUCCUUAAGUGCAAGGAACUCUGUUGGGAGGAAAAAUGUCCUUCUUCAAUUUCCGUAAGAUCUUCAAGUUGGGGAGCGAGAAGAAGAAGAAGCAGUACGAACAUGUUAAGAGGGACCUGAACCCCGAGGAGUUUUGGGAAAUUAUAGGCGAACUGGGCGACGGAGCCUUUGGGAAAGUGUACAAGGCACAGAAUAAAGAGACCAAUGUUUUAGCGGCUGCAAAGGUGAUUGACACCAAAUCUGAAGAAGAACUUGAAGAUUAUAUGGUUGAAAUUGAUAUAUUAGCAUCUUGUGAUCACCCAAACAUAGUCAAGCUUCUAGAUGCUUUCUAUUAUGAAAACAAUCUUUGGAUCCUCAUUGAAUUUUGUGCAGGUGGAGCAGUAGAUGCUGUGAUGCUUGAACUUGAGAGACCAUUAACUGAAUCCCAAAUACAAGUAGUUUGUAAGCAGACUUUAGAGGCAUUGAACUACUUACAUGAUAAUAAAAUCAUCCAUAGAGAUCUAAAAGCUGGCAACAUUCUUUUUACCUUAGAUGGAGAUAUUAAAUUGGCGGAUUUUGGAGUAUCAGCUAAAAACACAAGGACAAUUCAAAGAAGGGAUUCUUUUAUUGGCACACCAUAUUGGAUGGCUCCUGAAGUAGUCAUGUGUGAGACGUCGAAGGACAGGCCCUAUGACUACAAAGCUGAUGUUUGGUCCCUGGGUAUCACUUUAAUAGAAAUGGCUGAGAUAGAACCACCUCAUCAUGAAUUAAAUCCAAUGCGAGUGCUGCUAAAAAUAGCAAAAUCUGAACCUCCUACAUUAGCACAGCCAUCACGAUGGUCUUCAAAUUUUAAGGAUUUUCUAAAGAAAUGCUUGGAAAAGAAUGUGGAUGCCAGGUGGACUACAUCUCAACUACUGCAGCAUCCCUUUGUUACUGUUGAUUCCAACAAACCAAUCCGAGAAUUGAUAGCAGAGGCAAAGGCUGAAGUAACAGAAGAAGUUGAAGAUGGCAAAGAGGAAGAUGAUGAUGAGGAAACAGAAAAUUCUCUGCCAAUACCUGCAAGUAAGCGUGCCUCCUCUGACCUUAGUAUUGCCAGUUCAGAAGAAGAUAAACUUUCACAAAAUGCUUGCAUUUUGGAGUCUGUCUCAGAAAAAACAGAACGCAUUUCUUCUGGGGAUAAUUUUAGCAGCAAAGUUCUUAAUGAAAAACCCAUUACUGAUGAACCUGAAAACGCUGUGGAGGGUACUAAUGAGGAUACAGAUGAUGCUCAUUUAGAAGCUGUGUCUGAAUACCAUGAUAGACCAACAGUAAUCCAGGAGAAUGGGAGAGAGGAGAAGAGACUCAAGCUUGAAAAUCUGCCUGACACAGAAGACCAUGAAACUGUGGGCAUUAAUUCAGUCAAUGAAGGAGAAGAGAAUAAUGUAACAAUAACUGUAGAAACAAAUAAUAAACAUAAUUUGCAACCUGAGGAAGAAAAGGAUCAGGAUAAGCAACAGACACUUGAAAAUAAACUUAUAAAAUCUGAAGAAAUGAGAGAUUCUACUAUUCAGACAGUUGAUUUAGUUUCUCAGGAGACUGGAGAAAAAGAGGCAGAUAUUCAGGCAGUUGACAAUGAAGUUGGGCUUACAAAGGAAGAUACCCUAGAGAAAUUGGAAAAAGGUGACAGAACUCAAAAAGAUAUGAUCAAUGAUAGAAGCAAUGUGGUAGGGACAAAUGAGGCAAUAGAUGUUGCUGAGAAGGCAGUUGAAAACAAUAUUGGGGAUGCUCAGACUAAUGAUGGGAAAGAAGUGGUUGAAGUAGCUCCAAAAUUAAUAAGUAAGCCCAUGGAAGAUCCUGAGGUUUGUGGUACUAAGGAAGUUCUUCCUACUAAAGAAAUAGUUGAGACUAAAAAGAUAGAUGAAAGAUCUGUAGAAGUUAAAAGUGAAGAACAACUAAUCACCCAUUCAGAGAACAUGCUGGAGACCAGUGGAGAACUAGGAACAAAUGAAGUUGAGGAAGUUACUGAGUUAAGUGGCACUGAAGAAAUAGAGGUCAGAAGUGCAGUGAUUGAUACUGAACAAAAGGCUAUAGGAAGUGAAACGCAGGAAGCCACUGCUCAGAUAGAUACAGAGAAGAAAGAAAUUCCAUGUGAAGUGCCAAUUAAAAUAGAACCUCAAGUUCCUGCAACUUCACAACCCAGUGAACCUCAGCCUGUUUCAAUACCCAGUAUUAAUAUCAACUCUGAAGAAAAUAAAGGAGAAAUAGGUGCUUUAUCAAAAACUGAAAACAUACUGCUACCAGAAUCUGAGAAUCAGAAAGAAAAUGAUACUGAUUCAGGCACUGGUUCCACUGCUGAUAAUAGCAGCAUUGACUUGAAUUUAUCCAUCUCUAGCUUCCUAAGUAAAACUAAAGACAGUGGGUCAAUAUCUUUACAAGAAACAAGAAGACAAAAGAAAACAUUGAAGAAAACACGCAAAUUUAUUGUCGAUGGUGUAGAAGUAAGUGUAACAACAUCAAAGAUAGUUACAGACAGUGACUCCAAAACUGAGGAAUUGAGGUUUCUCAGACGUCAGGAACUUCGAGAAUUAAGAUUUCUUCAGAAAGAAGAGCAAAGAGCCCAACAGCAACUCAAUAGCAAACUGCAGCAACAACGAGAACAAAUUUUCCGACGCUUUGAGCAAGAAAUGAUGAGUAAAAAGCGACAAUAUGAUCAGGAAAUUGAGAAUCUAGAAAAGCAGCAGAAACAGACUAUUGAACGACUAGAACAGGAGCACACAAAUCGCCUGCGAGAUGAAGCCAAACGCAUUAAAGGAGAACAAGAAAAAGAACUGUCCAAAUUUCAGAAUAUGCUAAAGAACCGAAAGAAGGAGGUUAUAAAUGAAGUGGAGAAAGCACCCAAAGAGCUGAGAAAAGAGCUCAUGAAACGCAGGAAAGAGGAGCUUGCCCAAAGCCAGCAUGCUCAGGAACAAGAAUUUGUUCAGAAGCAACAACAAGAAUUAGAUGGCUCCUUGAAAAAGAUCAUCCAACAGCAGAAGGCAGAGUUGGCUAAUAUUGAGAGAGAGUGCCUGAAUAACAAACAGCAGCUCAUGAGAGCUCGAGAAGCUGCGAUUUGGGAGCUUGAAGAACGGCACUUACAAGAAAAACACCAGCUGCUCAAACAGCAACUUAAAGAUCAGUAUUUCAUGCAAAGACAUCAGCUACUGAAGCGCCAUGAAAAGGAAACAGAACAAAUGCAGCGUUACAACCAACGACUUAUUGAGGAAUUGAAAAACAGACAGACUCAAGAAAGAGCAAGGCUGCCCAAGAUUCAGCGUAGUGAAGCCAAGACUCGAAUGGCCAUGUUUAAGAAGAGUUUGAGAAUUAACUCAACGGCCACACCAGACCAGGACCGAGACAAAAUUAAACAGUUUGCUGCACAGGAAGAAAAGAGGCAGAAAAAUGAGAGAAUGGCUCAACAUCAAAAACAUGAAAAUCAAAUGCGGGAUCUUCAAUUGCAGUGUGAAGCCAACGUCCGAGAAUUGCACCAACUGCAGAAUGAAAAAUGCCACCUAUUGGUUGAGCAUGAGACUCAGAAACUCAAAGAGUUAGAUGAAGAACAUAGCCAAGAAUUAAAGGAAUGGAGAGAGAAACUGAGGCCUAGGAAAAAGACACUGGAAGAAGAGUUUGCCAGGAAACUGCAGGAACAGGAAGUGUUCUUUAAAAUGACUGGGGAGUCAGAAUGCCUUAACCCAUCAACACAGAGCCGGAUUUCCAAGUUCUAUCCUAUUCCUAGCUUACAUUCCACUGGAUCAUAACAAUGGGAAGCAUUCUGUGGUUGGGUUUGGCUUUUUAAAUAUGUCACUCUUUUCUCUUCAUCUUCUGUCACAGUCUAUAUCAAAUAGCUCAUGAAGACAAUCACCUGCCUCACCUCCUAGGUGGUUUAUGUUGUUGUUGUUUGCUUGCUUUUUUAAAGCAAAGAUGAAGGGAAAACGAACUAAGACAGAUGCUAGGCCAUGUUGGCAAAGUAGCAUCUUGCAGUAAUUCCCUAAGGUGAUUUUGUAUAUCCCUAAAAUAUUGUAUUCUUUAGACACUGUUACCGAAAAACUGUUAGAGAAAUAAUGUUUAAAGUUAUUAAUAAAACUGUUACAUCACAAGUAUUAAUAAAUACCUUUUUACCUGACCUAUCUUCUCAGUGAUGCCUGCAUUGUAUAGUUGAAACUCUACUGUAGAGAGUUGGAAUAAUUUUCUUUUGACGAAUCAGCUCUUAUGAAAAAGCUACAAGUUACUCAAAAUUUGCUGUUGACUUAGUAAAUAAAUAUAUUUCAUCAUCAAACAUAAACAAACUUUAAAAAAUUCUUUGAAUAAAUUGCCUAUUUAGGUGGGAGCUAAUAAUUGAGGUGCUAGUUUUAUUAAGAUAGUGCCUAAAACACUAAAUUUCAAUCACUGAAAAAAUCUUUUUGAUCAACAGGGGCAAAACACCCUUAGCACUGAAUGUUAUCAUUUAAAAAAUCUUGCUCCUAUUACCAUUUAAUAGAAAUUUUAUCCUAAAAUAUAUGUUGUACAAAGUAUGGAAAGAUGAAAAAAGGUAGCUGUUAAAUAUACAAAUUGGAAAUAUAAAAGUACAUUAAAAAUACAGAUUUAGUUGUCCUAGUUUAUUUCCAAAAAUGAAACAUGAGCUGGUUAAAUGCUCUACAUCUUAGCAAAUUCUGUUCUUUAAAACUUAGAGGCCUGUAGGCUCUGGGUUGUAUUUAUAAAUAUAUUUUCUGAAAUUAAUUUUAAAAGAAUUUGUUCAGAAUAAUUUUUUAAAAAGGAUUUGUGUUAAAUAUUUAGGCACACAUCAGAAAUUACUUUUUGUUGUUUUGAAAUGAGGUUACUUACAUUUGGUUUUAUUUUGUUCCACGUUUAAAUUACUUACUUUGAGUGGGAAAAGCCCCUCUAUCGUGGUUGCUGGUAUGUAUAAUUAUUAAUGAAAUGUGCACUCUGUCCCUUUUGAGGCCUAGGAUUUCAACCAUGUGUCGGAUCAAACAGUGUUAUGAACUGUCCUCUGGUGCGUGAGAUAUCACAUUUGUAAAUGAUGCUCUCUGCCUGCCAUUUGCAGCCUAUUCUCUUUUAAGAGUGCUAGGUACCAAAUUGUAAACAUUUCAGUUUUCAGUUAUACUACUUUUGAGGCUGGAGAAACAUUUAAAUGUAACAUUGUAGGAACACUGAUUUGUAUCAAGAAAAUGUAAAUGUCUGUAGCACUUUCUUGCAGUUAAAUUGAAAACUUUGGAUGCUGAACUUUAUUUUAUCAGUGGUUUAUAUGAUUUAAAAAUGCAUGUGGAAUUUUAAUUUUAUAAUUGUUUUGACAGACAUAAUUUACUUGGACAAACUUCAUAGGUAGCCUUAACUUCUGGUCAAGUUUGUUUUUUUUAUAUAAAUAAAUAAAUAUAUAUAUAUACACACACAUAUACACAUAUAUUAUGUAUGGUUGUAAAUUCAUAUGCUUAUAUGAAUGUGUUACUGUAUACAAAACUUAAUGCUUUAGUCUCAAGUUGGGUUGAAAACUUUUGAAAGCCUUUAAAAAUAUAUCUUUAUAAAGUAAUAUUCAGGAUGAUGAUGGAAAUUGUUUAUAUUGUUAUGAUAAAAAUAGUGGUAUAAUGUUGCCCAGUGUAUUUAAUGAUUUUUGUGAAAUGAGAGAGGGAAGAAAAGCUCUUAUACCACUUUUCUCCUUUGAAAUUUUCAGUUUAUUGACUUUUUACAAAGAAAUACUUCAGGCAAUGGACAUUUUUUCAGUAUCAUUUAAAUAAUUUCAGAUCUCAUUUGGUCUGGAUAUUUGAGUCUUUCUAUUCCUUUCACCUUGACAUUCGUAGUAUUGAAUCCAGAGAGAGGCUCAGAGUAGAGCUGGGUUUUCCCAGUUCUUCUUUAUCCUCAGCUCUUCAUCUCCCUUAAACCUGCUCUUUGGACUCAUACUGAGUUCUCUUUCAUACAUGACCAUCUUUGUGUGGGUGCAGGACUAUACAGUGAUACAUAUGUAGAGAGGAAACAUUCAUUUUAAUACUUCAGGUUAUAGAAAUCUUUACAAAGUGUUUUGUUAUGAUAUUUGUACCCACACCUGCCCACUUUCUGUUAAGGCCUUAAAUAGAUUUUAGUGAUCCAUCUUUCUUGUAUGAAGUGUAGAGGAGUGGGUGAGGGGCACAGACUUUUUUGAAAUCAGAGUACAGUCAAAUCCAUCUCUGACAUGUUUUGUUGCUGAGGUAGAAUGUGCUAUGAAGUGCAUAAAAACAACUCUCCACAUGUGCAUCCUGAACAGUCACCCCCCCCCCCCCCCCCGGGUCAAUGCACACUGUGGACAUACCACACCUCCACACUUCUGCAGGUCCAGCUCCUGCAGUGUGGGGCAUUGGACUGCUUUUCUUAGUCCUGUCAGUCCAUAGGCUAUGGAUUGCUGAAUUAGCUGCUAUUCUAGAUGGAGUCACAUUAAGCUUUUUCUUACUCUUUCUGUGGGGAAACUCUAGGGUGGGUAAGAAGGAAAUUUAGAGUGCUUUUACUUUUUUGAAAAUAUUGGAAUCCUCCUAUGACAGGAUACAGCAAAUUGUAAUUAAAUAUAAACCAGAACCAGAGCUACCUCUAAGUAGUGUUUCCUUAAGCACAAAGCUCUCAGGCAUAUGAGACCCUCUUUAUUUGAGGGACUCUGAUUUCUUGAGCAUCAGCAAGUUUCAGAAGUGACUGUUUUUUGUAUUCUUCCAGUUCUUUUGUACCUACACACUUUUUCCCAUUCCACACUGCUCACAUGACAAAGACUCUUCUAAGAAGCCAAAUUCGGUUAAAUUAUUAGCUAGGGAUAUUGUUGACUAAAGCAGAACCUAGAACUCCAGUGCAAAGAAGAGAGUUCAGUUCUAAUUGUCUUCUGAUUAAGUAAAUCACUUCUUUUCUGGGAAAUGAUCUUUUGUAGGAAAUGGGAUGGUAUUUUAAAUGCUUUUCUUACGUUGAAGGUGCAACAGUUAAUGCCUCUAUUGUUGCUAUACUGUGGCUGACAUGGUUUUGAUAACGCUUUAGAAUUUCUGCUGCAAGGCUUGGAAUAGAGUGUUUUAUCAAUUUUAAAUGUUGGCUGCAGCUUUCUUUCUGUGAUCUUUUGCAGUGUAAUAAGUUCACAAGCUGAAUUUCCAGAAAGAAUUUUUAGAUUAUGCCUCUUAUCUAUUCGGGAUCAACAUGUCUUUUCAAUCAAUCAUGGAUUGACAAAUGAAAAAUAAAGUUAUUUCUUAAUCUA